AUGGGCGAUCGAUCAUCCGUCGAAAUGCACGCCAAAAAACUGUCCUCCCUCAUCGACGACAACUCGCAGACACUGUUAAUUGAUGAUGAGAUUCAAUUCGAUUGGACGGCAGACCCAGACGGUGAGCCGAGCCGAUUGUGUCGAUCUGUCGAGGAAUUGCUUGUAAAUGUCGGCGACAAAUUGGCCGAUGUGCCGGAUUGUGGAUUGAGUCGACAGCCUGUGUCCUCAUCUUCAGACACCAAGCUUAACUUUAAGACAACCAACGAAGAGGAACUCGCAAAGCAGGAUGCCUUCUUCGACCUGGUGCUCAAUGUCCAGGGCAAACGGCUGAAUGACCAGCGCUGCGACGCGAAGGUGUUGACGGAAGUGCAGAACUGGGGCACACGGCAUCGGGGAAGCUUCUCGGUGCAUGGAUGUGAAACCCGCGAACAAUUCAUCGAAUACCUCCUCGCAGCCCAAGAACGGCGAAUGGACGAGCAGAGGGCCCACCUCCUCCCCGGCCUCGCCGAUCGUGAUGAUGUCCUGAAAAAGAUUGCUGACACCCCGGGAUUUGAUGAGGAUUUGUAUGAUCUGGUCAUCAAAAGCCAAUCGAAACGAUUUAACGACCAGCGGACGGCACUGGAAGAUAUUCCUGGGUUGAGGAUUAUGGGAAAUGACAACGACUCGGAGAAGUUUGCCACCACCGUCCCCGAGGAGGACAUUAUGGAGAUUGUGAUGAGGAUGGCCGCCGGAAGGAUUGAUGACCAACGAGCCGCCUUCAACCCGUCCUCC